CUGAACUGCUCUUUUCUCCUCAUCCUCACUCUGCCUCUCACUUUCCCGUUCGUGCAUAUGCAAUCUUGAGCUGCCGCUCCGCGUAUCUGCUAAGAAUCUCGUUCUUCCUCACCACCAAACACUCACCCUCGUUACAUCUCACCUACGUAUCACGGUCAAUAUCGUGCUGAGAUCCAGACACUCAUUUGGGCUGAGUGAUUCACAUUUGCAGACUAUUUCACUCCACUCGUUCUCUUGUUCCUCCAUCUGCGCUUCCGAUUGUCCGUUGCAUCAAGCGGCCACUCAUUGUUCAUUCUUGCCUUAAGAGCUCGUGGUUCCCGUCUCUUGUUUACUUUGCCCCUCUCUCAUUCCUGUCUGUGCGUCUUCUCUUCGGUUGAUUUUGUCGGCUAUCAUGCCAAAGACCAAACGCCAUACAAAACCCUGUCUUUACUUUCAGACAAACGAUUGUCCUCUGUCUGCUGAUGAAUGUGACUUUGCGCACGUCAUCGCAACUCAGGAGGAGUAUGAGUCGUUGAAGAAUCCCCAGGCGACGCUGCGCACGAAACCUUGCAGGUUCUAUCUCGGCGGGCAAUGUAGAGAUGGAUAUUGGUGUCGCUUCAAACAUCCGGCUGGAUCGUUCACCGCAAGUAGAGGAUUGGAUACGAGUUUACUUGAGGACGUACCUGAGCUUGAUUCGGAUAAGAGCACGGAUGAGGACGUAGAUGUGAGAGAGAUCGAUGGAGCGUGGAAGGCGAAGCCCGAGGAACAUCCUAAGUAUCGAAGUGUGUCUCUUCUUACUCUGAGUGGUCGUAUUCGACAAUGGACUGAUGGUACGUCGUUGCAGCACGCCCCUGCCGCAACUUCAUACUCGGGAAAUGUGUCUACGGAGAACGUUGCAGCUACAUGCACGUCCUUCCUACAGCAGAGACUUCCACGGACUGUGCAGCUGCCACGCCCAUUGCGAACACUCUCGUUGCACCCUCAUCUCUCUUUCCUAAAGCUACUCCCCCUCGUCCGAGCACCAAUUGUAAUGUUGGUGGUUCUCAGAACAGUGACUCAGAUGUGGACACACUAGAUCUGGACUCUUCAUCGUCAAGCACACCCGCGCGAGUCCCUUCUUAUCAGAACAUACAGACUCCCUCCACAUCGUCUCUGUUAACUGACGAACACGAUACGCCUGCGGUUCCAGCGUCUGCUAUAAACACUGAGUACCCGCCCAGCAUGCAUCGUGUUCCGUCGUUCCCAAUGCCUCCGUUCUCACCUUUACCAUAUCCACCACAUGAGUACGCUCCCAAGAGCCCGCUGGAUUGUCCGCCUUUAGCUUCCCCGUUCCCGAUGUACUCUCCAACUUCGCCGUUGCCUCUGCAGAUUGUGCACGUCCCAUUCGCAUUUCCUAUGUAUCAGGACUUGUCAUCGGCUCAGAUGAGACCGACUGCAAAUGCUCAAGAGAAGCAGCCACCUCGUCAACACGUAUUCUCGCAGCCCAAUGGGGAUGUUGGAGCAACCUCACUGCCUAGCUCGCAAUAUCGAAGCAAACCGUGUAGGUUCUUCAACGAGCCUGGACGGUGUCAUAAGGGCAAUCGGUGCAAUUUUAGCCACGCAUCUGUACCUUUGACUGUGCCAAGACGGAGUACUCAACCGACUAGAAAAGAAACGAAGACUCCCGAGCAGACCCCAAGAAAGCCGUCUGAAAAUUCGGAAGACCAAACCCCUUCAAAUGAGGCGGAAAGGGCUAGAUCGACUAAUUUCUAUAAGAUAAACUGGCGUGUCGUUGGUGGUGGAGUGAAGAUUGGUACUGAUAACAGCGUACUUCGCCGACGAUCCGAAGAUAUGUCUGGCACGGCCGGUUGUCCUCCUUCAUUCAGAAAUCCAUUCAAUCCAAAUAACGAACGACUCUCGAUCAUAACCUCUCCGUUGCCUCCAGCCGCAGAAUUGAGAGGAAGAUCUCACUCGCUAACCACGGUCUCCAAUUCCAAGACGUCUAGUUUCUCUUCACGAAAGGGAAGUGCAGAUAAUGCACUCACACUUUCUUUGAAGACGAUUCGACUUAGCGAAACAAAAACAAGCGAUGAAACUGAGCCUUCAAACGAUGCUCCUCAACCGCGGCCUAUUGUUGUCGUACAAGGAGAAGACGGAAACGAUGCAGAUGGAAGGAAAUCUGAGGAAGAUGCUGAUAAUACGAAACUUGCAUUCCCUGAAGGCGGAGAGAAGAAGUUCGCUAUCACCUCACGGCAGGACUCCACACGAGCAAAGUCGUCUCCGUCAUCUCCAGUCACGAUGUAUAGCGACCUAUCAAACAAGAUUUUCGCGGCUGAAUCUCCUUGAUAAAUAAGUAAAGACACAAAAAGGAUUUUUUGUUUGUCUUCCAUAUUCAUCCGCACGUUCCUUCAUUUUCCUUCCUUUGUGCUAGAUAUAGCACAUAGAUCUCCGCACUUCUCAUUCUAAUUUCCCUUUUGUUGCGUUUCGUGAGCCUAAUUGCUACGUACAUUCCUUUGUGGUUCGUGAUUUCCUUUCUCUCUUUCGCGUGGUACUAUUACUAUAUACACAGUCAAUGUCAAUAAGAGCAUGUAACUAUUGUGACG